CCAAGUAACUAAUGACGAGUCUCCAGGUGACAAGUGAUGGGAGAGCUCUGUCUGGAAUCUAAGGACUUGGAUCAAUGACGAAGAGACUUCUGAAGGGUAACAUCCAGUCGUUGUGGUCAUUCUUUCGUAGCCCAUAGCAUUCUGCAGAGACGGAUGUUUUCAGAAUAAUUGGCCAUCGAGAUAAGCACUCCAGAAAUAUGGACACAAAAGAACAUGAGCUGAUUUGUCAACAGAGGGUUGACGAGGGUGAUAAACCGUUUGUUUGUGCAACAUGUGGUAAAGCCUUUCGUCAGCAAAGUAAACUACGCAGACACGACAGGGUGCACACUGGUGAGAAACCAUUUGUUUGUGCAACUUGUGGUAAAGCCUUUGCGUUACUAAAUAGUCUGAAACAGCAUGACAGGAUUCAUACUGGUGAGAAGCCAUUUGCUUGUAAGACCUGCGGUAAAGCCUUUACAACCCAAAGUUAUCUACGCCAACAUGACAAGAUUCACACCGGUGAGAAACCAUUCGUGUGUGCAACCUGUGGUAAAGCCUUUACCGAACAAAGUAAUCUUCGACGACACGGCAGGGUGCACACUGGCGAGAAACCAUUUGUUUGUGCCACCUGUGGUAAAGCCUUUUCUUUACGAUUUGAGCUACGCGCACAUGAUGACAGAAUGCAUAUUGGCGAGAAACCAUAUAUUUGUGCCACCUGUGGUAAGGCCUUUUUCCAGCGAAGUGAACUACACACACACAUGCUGGUGAGAAACCAUUCACAGUCUACAGGUGACAACACUCACAGCAGAGCCCUGUCUGAUCUGAAGAGGUUCGGAUCAAUGAAGGGGAGGAGGCGUUUCUCAGAAGUGUACUCUGCAUCAACAUACUGGUACCUCCGAGGUCCUGUGGAAAGGCCUUUUCUCAGAAACGUACUCCGCUAUCAUAAGAUGGUGCACGCUGGGCAGCAGCCAUUUGUUUGUGAAAAAUGUGGUAGAGCCUUUACACGGCGAAGGGAUGUACGCAGACAUGACAGGGUGCACACUGGUGGAACACCAUUCUAUUGCGACUGGUGUGGAAAAGCCUUCACUUAUCAAAGUAAUCUACGUACUCAUGAGAGGAUUCACACUGGUGAACUCGGAUCAUUCAUUUGUUCAUUAUGUGGUAAAACUUUUAAUAGGCAAACUGAUUUAAAAGGGCAUUACAGGGUUCACACUGGUGAAAAACCAUUUGUUUGUGUGACCUGUGGUAAAGCUUAUGCUCACCAAAAAAGUCUAAACAGUCAUCGCAGGAUUCACACUGGACAGAACCUACGUGUUCGUAUCACCUGUGGUAAAACUUUUACAUCACAACUAGGUCUGAACAGACAUGACAGGAUUCACACGGGUGAUGAGAAACCAUUCGUUUGUGAGAUCUGUGGUAAAGCGUUUACUCGAAAGUUUGGUCUACGCCAACAUGAGAGAGUGCACACUAAUGAGAAACCAUACGUUUGUCAGACCUGUAGUAAAGCCUUCACUAAUCAAAAAGGUCUAGAUUAUCAUGAGAGGAUUCACACUGGUAAGAGACAAUUCGUUUGUGAGACCUGUGGUAAAGCUUUUAAUCGACAGUCUUGUCUAAACAUUCAUAACAGGAUUCACACUAUGGAGAAACCAUUCUUUUGUGCAACUUGUGGUAAAGCUUUUACGCGCAAAAGUAAUCUUCAACAACAUCAGAAGAUUCAUACUGGUGAGAAACCAUUUGUUUGUGAGACUUGCAAUAAAGCCUUUGUUCGGGAAAAAGAUCUGUGUCGACAUGGCGUGGUUCACACUGGUGAAAAACCAUGUGUUUGUGUGACCUGUGGUAAAGCUUAUGCUCACCGACAAAGUCUAAACAGACAUGGCUGGGUUCACACUGGUCAGAAACUAUUUGUUUGUGUCACCUGUGGUAAAACUUUUGCAUCGCAAAACGGUCUGAACAGACAUGACAGGAUUCACACGGGUGAAAAACCAUUCGUCUGUGAGAUCUGUGGUAAAGCUUUCACUCGAAAGUUUGGCCUACGCCAACAUAAGAGAGUGCACACUAAUGAGAAACCAUACGUUUGUCAGACCUGUGGAAAAGCCUUUAGUCAACGAGGCAAUCUUGACCAACACAAUAGGGUGCACACUCGUGAGAAACCAUUUGUUUGUGAGAUCUGUAGUAAAGCCUUCACUUAUCAAAAAAGUCUAGAUUAUCAUGAGGGGAUUCACACUGGUGAGAGACGAUUCCUUUGUGAGACCUGUGGUGGUAAAGCUUUUAAUCGACAGUGUCGUCUACACCAACAUGUCAAGGUGCACACUGGUGAGAAACCGUUCCGUUGUGAGACCUGUGGUAAAGGUUUUACCCAAAAAACUUAUCUAAAAACUCAUAACAGGAUUCACACCGGGGAGAAGCCAUUCGUUUGUGCAACUUGUGGCAAAGCUUUUACCCAUCAAUCAUAUCUUCAACCACAUCAGAGAAUUCAUGAGAAACCAUUUGUUUGUGAGACAUGCAGUAAAGCCUUUGCUGAGCAAAAAGAACUGCGUCGACAUGUUGUGGUUCACACUGGCGAGAAACCAUUCGUUUGUUCCACCUGUGGUAAAGCUUAUUUUCGGCAAGGCAGUCUUAAAAGACAUGCCAAGGUUCACGCAGGUGGCAAAUCAUUCAUAUUCAAGACAUGUAAAUAAAGCUCUUUUUUUCAACUUAUUCAUGUGAUCACAAAUAAUCUGAUCCAUGAACAUGUGUACUUUAAUUGUAGCUGACAAUUUAACAGUAUACUUGAGAAAAAAUGCUGCCUGAAUGCUUAAACUGUUUAUUUGAACGCAGUCUAAUGAGCAGGAAGUUAUUUUUGCUGUUCUAGGGGUUUUUCUAAAUCUUUGCUUCGUCUUCGGCUUUGCCUUCGACUUCUUAAUCACUGAGAGGCAAACUACACAAAAAUAUUCCAACUUAUGGCUUCACAUCAACCGAUUGAAUAUGUUCCUGAAGCAUAACAGGCACCAAAAUGUAGCUGGAGUUCCAGAAGUUGGGGGCCUAAAAUCUCCUUAAGCCGAAGCCAGUCGUUUCGAAAACGCUCCUAGUCUACUUUACUUGGGAUUUAAAUAGAAAAUAGAUGUGAGUGGAUCUUCAAUCUCACCACAA